CGGAAGUAGUCGAAACGCCCCCUACACUUCUGGCACUGCGUUGUUAGUAUUAGCACUACUAUAAUUCCAUACGUCUUUGCUCUAAUUCCACUGUGGGAAAUAACCAUGGAAGAUAAGUUAAAGAAAGAGUUGGGAACAGCCAUGCUGAAGUCCACCGGUCACUCAGGUGGUGGGUGUAUCAGCGAAGGUCAGAGUUAUGAUACCGACACUGGGAGAGUGUUUGUGAAGAUAAAUCACAAAAGCGAGGCCAAAUUGAUGUUUGAUGGUGAGAUGGCCAGUUUGGAAGCCAUUUUAAAAACAGAAACUGUUAAAGUCCCCAAGCCUGUCAAGGUGGUUGAGCUUGACACAGGAGGAUGUGUGCUUGUAAUGGAACAUCUGGACAUGAGAGGUCUUACCAAGUACUCAAAGCAACUAGGAGAGCAGCUGGCAGAUCUGCAUAUUCACAACAAGAGACAGUUGGAUACAUUUAAUAAAGAGAACCAGACAGUGGGAAAAGGAGCUGGACAAUCAGAGUUGGCUGUUGUUGAAAAAUUUGGCUUCAGUGUACCUACAUGCUGUGGGUAUCUACCACAGGUUCGUAUCUGCAUACUAGACAAGACUGGAGUGCGUUUAAGUCUAUCAGAGGAAAAUGAGUGGCAGGAUGACUGGGUGACUUUUUACUCCCAGCAGAGGCUGCAGCACCAGCUUAACAUGGUGGAGAAAGCUUAUGGAGACAGGGAAGCUAUAGAAUUGUGGGCUAAGCUACAGCUGAAGAUCCCUCAGUUUUUCAAAGAUGUAGAGAUUGUCCCUGCUCUCCUCCAUGGAGACCUAUGGGGAGGCAACGCAGCAGAGUGUACGAUGGGCCCAGUCAUCUUUGACCCAGCCUCCUUCUAUGGUCAUUCAGAGUAUGAGCUGGGUAUUGCAGGGAUGUUUGGGGGCUUCAACAGCUCUUUUUACUCUGCUUACCAUGACAAGAUUCCUAAAGCAACAGGCUUUGCAAAGAGAAACCAGCUUUACCAACUCUUCCACUAUCUGAAUCACUGGAACCACUUUGGUGGUGGCUACAGGGGCUCUUCAAUAAGUAUUAUGAAGAACCUAAUGAAAUAAUUGCACUCACAUUUACUUGUAGAAAUCUUAACAGUCUUAUGUUUAUGUAUAUAUUGACAGAUGAUAACUAACCAAAAUAAUGUGGAGAGACUAAACAUAUACGAUAACAUUGUAAUGUCUGUUUUAUUGUGUAGACAAUACAGAAUCAACAUAACAAAGUAUGUAUACCCCGUGUCUACCUACACCAACCUGCUUCCAAAAUUUGAAAUACAAAAUCCACAUCUUUCAAUUACUAUUUUAAAUGCUAUGUUUGAACAAAGAUAUAUAUAUACUUUAUAGUUGUAUUUUUAAAUUCUCUAUUUUCGACACUGACUUCUGUGUAGGUUGCCAUCAAACAUAAACCUUAACAUGCAAUACUGUUUAAAAAAGAAAGGCUUACCACACACCAAACCCUCCGCUCUGCACCAACCUUAAACUUGUGUUUUUAUUUUUUUUAAACAUUUUCUGCACGUGGAAGAGCAAGCAACGUGAUAUGGAUAUUCUCAAUCAGGCUCGCUUGUCAGUUAGCAAGUUGAGUAUGCUUUGGUAUGAAUCAAAACCUUACACAUUUUCAUUAUCUGCAUUUAAUCACCAUCCAACUCAAUUGCACUGCUGGAUUUUUGGAUUUUCCUAGUCAAUGCAUUACUUUAUACUAUAUCUACACCAUAAUAGCCUGACUGUUGAUGUCACACAGACUAAAAUAAUACACACAUACAAAAUGUUUCGGCAUUCAUGGAUUCUAUAUAUUUACUUUCCUUUGCUUGGCCAACAAUGAAUCCUGAAAUGAACCAAAGUGUUUGUCCUGAUCUGCUGUAGGUGUUAUGUAUCUGGUAUGAAAACAGUAGUAAAUCAGACUGUAAGACCUUCAUCAUCAUAAA